UGAAAAGCGUAGAAAGGUGUCGGAGAUACUGGAUGAUAAAAGAGCGCAGCUAAUCUCCCGGCUAGCUAACAAGCUAGCCGAUGCGGAGCUCCCUUCCAGCCCGUCUCCGGCAACUAGGGAUCCGGACAGGGACGCUGGGCUCGGUGUGGCUAUGUUCUUUGCAGAUAGUUAAACUAAUUGUUAACAUGUGGCAAGCCUGUCGACUUAAACCGAACUAAUCCCCGCAUGUUAAAACGACAAAUCCAGGGGGAGAUACGGGUAGAGUCAGCUCUUGGUGCAGCCUUGUUAGGUGUACUUGUAUUAAGCUAACAUUAGCUGAGACCGCUAACAUUGGAAAGAUGUAGCCGAUGCAGAUGAACUCGACCCUUUUACCUUUGCCAUCCCGGGGACAGGAGAGGGUUCAAACAACUGUGACUUUAUUUACCAAAGCCGCAUUUUUACAUUUACUGUCAGCACAUUUACAGUCGGCCACUGUACUGUCUGGAAAGAAAAUUACACAUACAUAUUUAUCAUAAGGAUUCGUCUCCAGCGUUAUUGGCUGACAGCCAGAUUCUCCAUUUUGUUCUGUAUUGUGAUGCGUUUGGGGAAGGAGGUAUUGAUGGACAUUGUGUUGCACCAAUCAGUGAACAAUAUGAGGCAGCAUGGUGCUCCCCUUUGGUCAGCGAGACCGUGGAGCACUGCAGGCACAUUAAUCAAUUCUCACUAAUGCUGUCAAAGUGUAUUGUCUAUUAUAACCCCAGAUAAACACAGACAGAGUCAAAACUGGAAAGUGCAAGGAGGGGAUUGAUGGAAUGAGAAAAUGCUAUUAGAACUGAAAUGAUUAGCAGAUUAAGUGAAUAGCUGAUUAACAGAAAAAUAAUUGCCAAUGUAAUAAUUUUCAUUUGAGCAAUUUUUUGGGCAAAGAUAAUGAAAAGUUGUCAAACAUUUUCUUGUUUAAGCCUCUCUAAUAUUUCUCUGACACACAUUAUGUAUUGAAUGUCUUUGGCUUUUGGACUGCUGGUUGGAUAAAACAACACAUUUGAAGACAGUAGUCUCUAUUUUGUUUCCAGUGAACAGAAAUCUUUUUUGUGGUGUCUGCUGCUAUCUCUGUGUGAGUAUGCAGAGAUUCAAAACAUUGGACUCUGUUAACAGUAUGAAGCCACAUGAAAAGGAACAUACCGGGUUGGUUACUUGCUGUUUGCUGUAGUAAACUGAAGCAAAGAGAGUAAGAAAAGCAGCUGUGAUGUAGAAUGUAGCGCAUAUAAAAGAUGAUACAUUUCUAUGGAGGAACAAUAGUCGUGUACGUAUAUUACAGUGUCAUAUUGGACAGUGUGAGGCUCCAUCUGGCUAUCAGUGUUUUCUCCUCCUCGGUGAAACACAAACCUCAUGUUCAGGUCACUGACUUGGCUUCUGAUGACAUCACUGUAGUCACACUAAGACUGGACUUGGACCAUGGAGAUUGUUACAACCUCACUAAUGACCUUACAUCAUCAUGACAACCAACCUGAAUCUGCUCUCUCAGCAGAAAGUGGAUUCUGAGCACGAGGCAGAGGUGUCAUCCUCUCCAUCAGAGUCAGUGAUGAGUGAGUCUCCACAGCGCUUUCAGGUCAUCUCCACUGAGCCUGCCACAACACCACAGCGAAUACAGAUUGUAACUGACCAGCAGACGGGUCAGAAGAUCCAGAUAGUGACAGCGAUGAACCCGUCCAGUGCUCCCAAGCAGCAGUUCAUUCUCACUACGGCUGACAGCUCAGGGGCGGGCAAGGUUAUCCUGGCCUCACCAGACAGCCACAACACUAAGCAGCUCAUCUUCACUGCUGCAGACAGCCUGAUGCCAGGAAGGAUACAGAUUGUCACAGAUCCAGUGUCAAUGGAACGAUUGUUAGGGCAGUCAGGGGACUUGAGCCGACCGCAGCCAGUGGAGUACUGUGUGGUGUGUGGGGACAAGGCUUCAGGGCGUCACUAUGGAGCAGUCAGCUGUGAGGGAUGUAAAGGCUUCUUCAAGCGGAGCGUGAGGAAGAACCUGACCUACAGUUGCCGCAGCAAACAGGACUGCGUCAUCAACAAACACCACCGCAAUCGCUGCCAGUUCUGUCGCUUGAGGAAAUGCCUUAAAAUGGGGAUGAAGACUGAGUCUGUCCAGAGUGAGAGAAAACCCAUCGAUGUAGUGCCGAGAGAGAAGCACGCCAACUGUGCUGCCUCCACACAAAAGAUCUACAUUCGCAAGGAUCUGAACAGUCCACUCAUCGCCACGCCGACCUUUAUCUCUGACACAGAGACAGAUGGCUCCAGAUCUAGCCUGCUGGACCAGGGGAUGCUGGUUAACAUCCAGCAGCCAGUCAUUCAAAGUGAUGGAACUUUGCUGCUGGCUACCGACUCAAAGAUGGAGUCUGGGCAGGGAGACUUGGGGACACUAGCCAAUGUGGUGACAUCACUGGCCAACCUGAGUGAUUCAUUAAAAGAAAACCUGAACAACGGCGACACCUCAGACAGCCAACAUGAGGAACAAUCUGCCAGCGAGAUAACACGUGCCUUUGACACCCUGGCCAAAGUCUUCAACCCACCUGAAGUAGGGGUCGGACACAGUCUGGCAGACAAGUCGCAGUGUGUUGCUGGGACAACGAUCCAGCUGAUUGGUCGAGACCAGGGGACCCCGAUCAUUGAGGUGGAAGGACCACUGCUCACUGACAGCCAUGUCGGCUUUAAGCUGACCAUGCCCAGCCCCAUGCCAGAGUAUCUGAAUGUACACUACAUCUGUGAGUCGGCAUCCAGGCUUCUCUUUCUCUCCAUGCACUGGGCACGCUCCAUCCCUGCCUUCUCAGCUCUUGGUCAAGAGGCAAACACCAGUCUGGUGCGAGCCUGCUGGAAUGAGCUGUUCACCCUGGGUCUUGCUCAGUGCGCUCAUGUGAUGAACCUGUCGACCAUCCUCGCUGCCAUUAUUAACCACCUUCAGAGCAGCAUCCAGGAUGACAAACUCUCCGGGGAGAGGGUGAAGCAGGUGAUGGAGCACAUCUGGAAGUUCCAGGAGUUCUGCAACAGCAUGACAAAGUUGGAGACUGACAGCUACGAAUAUGCCUACCUGAAAGCUAUAGUGCUUUUCAGCCCCGAUCACCCAGGUGUGGACAGCAGCGGGCAGAUUGAAAAGUUCCAGGAGAAAGCUCUGAUGGAGCUGCAGGACUACGUGCAGAAAACCUAUCCGGACGACACGUACAGGCUGACACGUAUCCUGACUCGUCUCCCCGCCCUGCGCCUCAUGAACUCAAGCAUCACAGAGGAGCUCUUCUUCACUGGCUUAAUAGGUAACGUCUCUAUUGACAGCAUCAUUCCCUACAUCCUCAAGAUGGAGACGGCUGAGUAUAACAGUCAGGACUCUGACCCCACAGAAUGACACCCCAUCACUCGAGCGGCACCCAGAACUGUCAGUUUUAAAGAUGGUACACUCUCUCUUUGUCACUCAGUGGGUUUAUUGUUGAAACCCAGUCCAAAAUCCUGCACCGGCCCCUUGUUUUCUAACGAUGCAUGGUGCAAACUCAUUCAGGAAUUCUUGGUAGGUUAAGAUAAUCUGGCACUGGAGGGCCAGGAUGACACUUGGAAUGUCCUCUGGAGCUGAUGCAGUGUGGUUAAUUGUAAGUUGGAGACGGCUGAGACGGCCGAAACUCAGCUGCUCUGGAAUAAAUGAAAAAGGAAUUCUCUGCAGCUACAACUAAGCUUGUUUUUUAAGCACUUCAAACUCAUUGAACGUUACGCUCUUUUCAAAUUGUCUUAUUUAAGCCUUACAAUGCUCUUAUGUUGAUCACAUAAAUAAUUUGCAGAUAUCAGAUGAGAUAUGUUAAUAAAAAUAGCCCAGAAUCUAAAAAUCACAAACAGAAAUUUUACAUGUGCAAUUGGAAUUUUAUGGAUUUAAAAAGUCUUAUUUUAAGACUAAAGUUAAUCUGAUUAUUUAAUUUUAAAGUGUGCUUUGAAGCUGUAAAGUAUUUAUUUAUUUUGGCCUUUGCGAAUAUUAGCACAGUAUAAUCUUGUAUAGCUGUGUGACUGUGCUGCUAAAUUGAGAAUUCAGGCUCUAACAAAGACUUUUUUCAAUUCUGAAAAUGACACAGUUGACAUGACUGAACUGUUUUUUACCCUAAUUCAAUCAAAAUUAUAGUUGGAAAGAGCACUUCACACCGCCUUUAUUUGCAGAGUUUUCAUAUGCACUGGCUUUCAUACUAUUGAGCUGCCGCACAGUCCAUUCAUAGCUCAUUACAACGUGACCAGUGUCUGAUUUUAUUCUUAAGUUUUAAUUUCCAUUCACAAAAUCACAUAAGCCAAAUUAGCCAGUUAAAUUGACCACAUGUCCUUUUUUAUACUGAAUGACAUCUCAGAGAGUUAAAGUUUGGGGGUGUUUUUAUGUUUAGGUACACGUAUUUCUGGUUUUAUCAUGAAUAUGUUGCUAUUAUAUGCCGUGCAAUCACCUCAUCACUUUUCCCCUUAUGACAAUCAAUUAUAUGUUAUUUCCUUCUGUCACAUUAGUGUCACACCUGUUCUUCUCAGUCUGCAUUUUGUAAUGUGUAUUCAUCAGUGGCAAUUAUUUCUUUUAAAGCAUUAGAUUAUCUUAAAAGAUUUUGGGUUUGGAAAUGUUACUUAUGUGUAGCUAUGCUACUAUUUUUGUACAUGUGUUUGCAUUUGUAUUCUGCUAAGUGCACAUCAAUCAGCUUUUUGUGGCGUUCCACUGCAUUCAUGCUGACUAAUACUUUGUGUUUUGUAUGUUUUUCUAAAAACUUUAAUUUGUUGUGAACAAAUUUGCUUGUUGCAUACUAAGUGUACUUAAAGUACUUUUGGGCAGGUUUCCCCAACUAAAAAAAAAAACAAAACAAAUAAAAAAAAAAACAAACAAACAAGAGAUUCUGGGAAGCCAGUCUCAAGUGCAUCAGUGUCUUGAAGACCAUAUGAAGAUAUGCAUUGGCUUACUCACUUGUAUAAUGGUUCAGAAAAAGCAUCCUCAGCAACAUGAAUGAUGAUGGGGAAUGUGAAAGAAGUCAACAAUUAUUAUGUCUUGUGAAAUUAAUGUUAAUUGUAAUAAUUGGGUUGAAAACCCACUCAGACUGUUUGUAAAGGCACUGGUGUGAAAUGACCUUUGUACAUGUAAUUUCAUUAAAAUGAGUGCAUGUUGUUUUUAA